AUGUUCGAUAUAGACUUUUCUAUUCCAUAUUGGCUAACAACUUAUUAUCACGUAAUUGGAGUAAUAUCCAUACUGUUCGACUCCUUUUCGAUUUACCUUGUUUUAUUCAGAAGCGAUAAAAUCGAUAAUUUUCGAUAUUUUUUGCUCUAUUUUCAGCUAGCCUGCACAUCAACCGAUAUAAUUUUGACAUUCCUCAUGCAACCCGUUGAAUUAUAUCCGAUUCUCGCUGGAUACAGUAUGGGUUUCUUGGCUCAAUUCGGAGUAACAACACAUUUUUGUCUGACAAUGCUAAUGCUCAGCGAAAUCUAUCAGAUUGAAAGUAUGAUCUUCUGUUUUCUACGAAAACAUCAGACAAUUGCCUCAACGCUCAGAAAAUAUGCAAUACCGAACUGGCUGGUUUGGAGUUUUUUCGCAUUUCUAGCAUUUCAUAUUUGUGCAAUGGGUGCACUAUUUUCUCAGACCAGCAUUGACCCGGAGCAGCAAAUGGAAUAUGUUAGGAUGAAUUUCCCCGAAUACCUCCAAGGUUUCCAAAGUCUCCCGAACUUUUCCAUCUACGAAGCUGAUGCGUAUUUCUUGGGCACCGUGAUUUUUGCAGUUUCAUGUGGAAUAUUUGCAUUUUUAGUUUUAUGUAUUGUUAUAGCAAACAUUUUUCGAAUGCUCUCACUUUUAAAAACUCAAAUCUCUGCCUCAAACUACCAAAAGCAUCGGGCCGCCGUUUGGAGCCUCCUUGCACAAUUCGCCACGUCAGGUGUCUGCUUCAUCCCACCCCUUGCUCUAGUAUUUGUCGCGUUGUUCAGUAUAAAUAGAGGACAGUGUAGGUUCAUUUCAGUAAUCGUAGAGUAUCUCCUGGUUAUCGCCUGUUCUCACUCCUCACUCAAUGUCUUGGUGCUCAUUGCCACGUUCCCGCCAUAUCGGAAGUAUGUGUUAUCACUUGUUAAACGUAAAAAAAAAAUCGCGAGAACCGGAUUGUCAGUGCUUUCCCUGAAGCCUUCCCAAAUGAGUUGA